UUGGCCACGCGGCUGCUGCUGCGGUUGCGGCGCCUGCUGGGCCCCCACGCGCGGGCCGACCUGGCCUUCGUGCUGCGCGCGCGGCGCUGCGCCGGGCGGCUGCUGCGCGGCGACGGCCGCGGCGUGGCGCAGCGCUUCGGCCCCCUGGCCCGCGCCCGCGCCGAGCGCGUCUUCGUGCGCUACGAGGGGCGCAGCUUCACCUACGGCCGCGCCGAGCGCGAGAGCAACCGCGUGGCCAACGCGCUGCUGCGGCUGCCGCCCGGCGCGCCCCCGCCGCGGCCCGGCCAGGCGGUGGCGCUCCUGGUGGGCAACGAGCCCGCCUUCAUCUGGGCUUGGAUCGGGCUCGCCAAGCUCGGCGCCGUGCCCGCGCUCCUGGGCACCGCGCUCCGCCGCGGGGCGCUGCUCCACUGCCUGCGCUCCUGCGCGGCCAGGGCGAUCCUGGUGGCCGACGACCUUUUUGAAGCUGUCGAGCCCAUCCUCCCCAGCCUGGAAGAACUAGGCAUUGCAGUGUGGAUGAUGGGUGCGGGGCCCUACCCACCUGGCGUCAUCAGCCUUCAGGCUCUGUUGGAGGAAGCCUCUGAGGAGCCAGUUCCCUCUCACCUUUCCACCCCUCGCACAUUGUCCGAUACCUGCCUCUACAUCUUCACCUCUGGCACCACAGGACUCCCCAAAGCAGCUCGCAUAAGCCACUUGAAAGCCAUUCUGUGCUUGGGAUUUUACAACCUGGUGGGGGCACGCAGCUCCGACGUGAUCUACUUGGCUCUCCCCCUGUACCACAUGUCCGGGUGUCUCUUGGGGAUCCUUGGCACUUUCGGCAUCGGUGCCACUUGCGUGCUGAAGAAGAAAUUCUCCGCCAGCCAGUUCUGGCCGGACUGCCGGCGCCAUGGGGUGACCAUCUUCCAGUACAUCGGGGAAUUGUGUCGGUACCUUGUCAACCAGUCCCCGAGCCCAGAGGACCGGGAACACAGCUUGCUCAUGGCCGUGGGCAGCGGGCUGCGGCCAGACGUCUGGCGCGAGUUCCUGCGCCGCUUUGGGGACGUGCGAAUCGUGGAGACCUACGGCAUGACGGAAGGCAACAUCAGCUUCUUCAACUACACCGGCACUGUGGGCGCCGUGGGGCGCGCCUCUUGGCUGUACAAGCUCUUCAGUCCUUUCGAGCUGAUUCGGUACGAUCCACUCCAAGGGGCUCCGCUGAGGGACGGGUCUGGCCGGUGCCAGCGCGUGGGGCCAGGGGAGCCAGGGCUUCUCAUCGCGCCGGUGACACCAAAGAUGCCUUUCUUAGGAUACGCUGGAGGACCUGAGCUGUCAGAGUCCAAACUCCUGCGUGGCGUCUUCACUGAAGGGGACACCUAUUUCAACACGGGCGAUUUGAUGAUGCAGGACAGCCAAGGUUUCGUCAGUUUCUGGGAUCGCAUUGGCGACACCUUCCGGUGGAAGGGCGAGAACGUCGCCACGAUGGAAGUGAGCGAGGUCCUGGGCAGCCUGGAGGGGCUCCAGGAUGUCACCGUCUACGGCGUCACGGUGCCAGGGCACGAGGGCCGGGCGGGCAUGGCCACCAUGGUGCUGCAGCCGGGAUGGGAGUUCGACGGAGCGCAGGUCUACACGCACGUGGCAGAGCUCCUGCCGCCAUAUUCCCGGCCACGCUUCCUGCGCAUUCAGGACCGCCUGGAGCUGACGGAGACCUUCAAACAGAAGAAGGUGCGCCUGGCAGCUGAAGGUUUCGACCCCACACAGAUAACGGACCCUCUCUUCUUCUUGGAUGCUGCCGCCGAGACCUACGUGCCUCUGACCCACCACAUCUGGGAAGGGAUAGCCGCCGGCGACAUCCGGCUAUAGCGCCCGCGUGCCUUUGUCACUAGCGCCUGGCUCCCAGCAGGCCCUGCUCUGGGUUGCCGUGAGUGGUGCUUGCUGGGAGAGCCCGGUGUCUGUGUGUCCGCCUCGAAGGCUGGCGCGAUCCGCUUUUCCCAGCACGCUUUCCGUCCCCUCCCUCCGAAGGCGGGCUCUGGCUAGAUGUUGUGUCUGGUCUUUCCCGUGGGGCCCACUUUCCUGGGGCCAUGCCCUCCUCCGCAGCAGUGUGGGUCAGACUUUGUGGUCUGUGCAGAUCGACAAAUGCUCUGAGCGUCGCUCAAUGGAUUCUGUGUAGGAACUGCUGAAAUUUGGCUGAGUGCAGGACCCAGCUGUGGGCCACAUCUGGCCUUCCUCGGCUUCCCCGGCCAGGUCCCUUCCUCCCAGCCAGGAUUAGGUGGCUUCCCAUCCACUCCCCCCAUUCUGAAAGCUUGAACUGCCUUCCCUGUGGGCAAAAAUAGGCUGGUACUUUUAAUCCCAGUCCUUAAUCCCUUUACUGGUCCUUGCCCGGCCUCCAAGAGCGUCUCUGAAAGGAAAUUGGGUUCUGCGGCCCUGGGACUCGCUGAAGGAAUGAACACCCUCUUGGUGUUCUGACCAUUGGCCAUGCUGGCCGGGGCUGAUGGGGCUUGAGGUCCAAAACGGCAGCGAGAGCAGCAUAGCAGUUAAAAUGGUGAGCGGUGAGCAAGGGAGCUUUCCCUCCUGCCUCCCAGCCGCCCACCCGUUAUCUGCAGCAUCGUUGCCCAAGGCCGGGGCUGAUGGAGACCGUAGUCCUGGCACAUCUGACGCACGCCAGGCUGGGCAAGGCUGGUGCUCAGAAGAGAGUUGCGACACUGUCCUACCUUGUAAGACUGGUUUUGGAAGCAGGAACGGAAGGGAAGGAGGUGCUGACCGGAACCGGGAGAUGUGGGUGUGUCUCUUUUUGUACUCUUUGGUAUCCAAUAAAGUCCCCUUUUUUAGCCA